AUGUUGUCAGACUCAGACUACAAGUCUUUAUCACUCGAUCAGGUUGAAAACAUUCGCUCUACUGUCAUACAGUCCGGCAAGCCCGUCAACCUUGGCGAAUUCGCAACCUAUCUUUCUGGAUCUAAGCAGCACUCAGUCAUCAUUGACUGUACUGCUUCAGAGGAAGUUGCCAAGCUUUAUCCUUCUUGGCUUCGAGCUGGUCUAAGUGUCGUGACUCCCAACAAAAAAGGAUUCUCUAGCUCACUGGAUCUUUUCAAAGAAAUCCAAGAACUCGCUGUCAAUACCAACAAAAAGGGCAAGGAAGCCAAGGUGCCUUUGGUCUAUCACGAGGCAACUGUUGGCGCUGGUUUACCCAUCUUGUCUACUUUAACCGAUCUUGUCAAAACUGGUGAUGAAAUCAUCAGCAUCGAAGGUAUCUUCUCUGGUACCUUAAGCUAUCUUUUCAACAAUUACUCUAGCUUGACCAAUCCUACCUCAAAAUCAUUCUCUGAGAUUGUCAGUGUUGCCAAGGGACUCGGAUACACCGAACCUGAUCCAAGAGAUGAUUUAAACGGUAUGGAUGUAGGUCGUAAGGUUGUCAUCUGUGGUCGAUUGGCUGGACUUGAUUUGGAUCUUUCUACUCUUCCUGUUGAAAAUAUUGUUCCUGAAGAGCUACGAGCUGUUCCAACCGCCCAAGAAUUUAUGAGCAAGUUGCCCGAAUAUGAUGAUCAUUUUGCUAAAUUGAACCAAGAAGCAUUAUCUAAUAAUCAAGUGCUUCGAUAUGUUGGUACUGUUGAUGUCAAGGGUGGAAAGAGCGGUGUUCAAUUGAUCAAAUGUCCUUCUACACAUCCUUUUGCUUCCCUUCAGGGCAGUGAUAAUAUUAUCAAGUUUACAACAAAGUAUUUCCCUAGCGGUAUUGUCAUUCAGGGUUCUGGUGCAGGAGCAGCCGUGACAGCUUAUGGUAUUUUCACUGAUCUCAUAAGAAUUCAGGAACGUGUUGAGGGAUUUUAA